UCGCAUAUUAUAAGCGUGCAUGGCACUGCUGGUUUCUCUUGUCAUUACGGAGAUGAGGGAGCCAUUAAAAAUAAGUCUGGGGACAAGCAAAAUAAUUAUCCAGAAUGCGUACCAACGAAAUUCACGGUUAAUGAACCGUCACAUAGCCAUACUGAGAAUAUCGUUUCCGAUGUGCGCAAACUGUUCGGAUAUAAAAAACUUUCGAACCAAUACUGGUUUCUCAUGCCACUUCAACGAUGACCUAGCCAUAGAAGAAAACUUUGAGAAAUUGGAGAAUAAAUAUCCGGGGUGCCUGCCAAAUGAGUUCACUGUAUCUCGUGAAAUAAAGCACUACUGCUGCUUUUGGUCUCCAUCGCUGGGAUGUUCGGCCCUCAUCGGUAGGCUGCACUACGAUAAAUAUCAAACUUUCUGCUCGACCUGCGGGAGGUUUUGCUCAGACACGAGGCACAACCUUGACGUUGAAACUGGCGGAAAUAAAAGGACGUCGGCAUAUGGAUACCUCACUGCGCUGGCCUUGCCAGUACUCUGGCGAUGGUUAUGAACUCUAAGAUAUGUUGUUUUAUGUUUUCGGAAAUCCCUUGGUUGUACCUUCUCAUUUCAAUGUAAUUACAGGCCUACUUUAGUAACGGAAAUUGAAAACAAAUUAGUCUUAACGAAACUUUUUGUAAGUAAUCUUCCUAAUGAUAAUACUAUAUGGAAAAACCCAGGUACACAAAGAUAUAUCUCUCAAAAUUGAUCCAAAGAUGUUCGAAAUUUCAGUAAAAAUAUUCACACUUUUUUUAUUUUUUAUUUCUGCGCAAGGAGAUAGUCCUAUAAAUAAAAGUAUGAACAUUUUAUCUUUUGAUUAUCA